UUAUGCUCUAGUUGAUUUUUGAGACGGUUGUACCUUUAGAUUAUAAUAAAGAAAUAAUUUCAGCUCUCUGUUAGUAUAUAGUUCCCCUCAAAACUGUGAAGAUAAGUGCAAUUCAAGCAUGGCUAAUCUGCCAUUGAUCACCUGUGUGCUCUUAGCUCUAUGCAGCCUAUCUUUAGCAGCAAAUGUUUCAUCUGCAUCGACUGCGGGUCAUCUGCGACAUACAAAGACGAGAACGGGAUCUUCUGGACCGGCGACGAUGAUUACAUAAACACAGGCGAAUCCCGUUCCGUGCAGCCUUCCAACUCCUACAACCGAGUGAUGGACACGCUGAGAGUGUUCAGGAAUCAGAGCAAGCAUCAACUCCGUCAAGCAAGGAGUGUCCUCGUACACGCCACCUUCUUCUAAAGGGAACUACGACGGCAAGAACUCCCCUCCGGCCUUUGAUCUGACGUUAGACAGCUACUACUGGGCUUACGUGAAUAACAGCGGGCCCGUUACGAGGUGAUCUACACCACGACCAAGGAGUCCAUCAGCGUGUGCGUUUCCCAGUACGAAGCAGACCAGUUUCCCUACAUAUCGGCUCUCGAAGUCAGGAGUCUCGACUCCGACAUGUAUAAAGGUCUCGGUGCUUACAAGGACAUUUAACACAAGGAGAAGGUUGGCUUUUGGCACUGAUGAAACCAUAAGGUAUGAUUCUUUUAUAAAUGAGUAGAUAACUUUGUUCGCCGAGGUUAAUUCUUCUGUCUACGUAAACUGGUACUUCUCCGAGGUUGCUCGCCUCGGGCCCAACGAAACUCGAAUGUUCUCAUUCUACAAGGACAACGAGCCCAUAACCGAUCCCUUUUUCCCCGCCUUAUGAAAACUGCACGCUGAAGUAUAACAGCAACAUGACACUAUCGGCAAACAACUCCUUUACUCUAGUCCCCACUGAAAACUCUACGCUCCCGCCCCUCGUCAAUGCAAUGGAAGUCUUUAUCAUCGGAGAUUUCCCGCUCGACAACGGCACUCGAACCGAAGAUGUUGAGGGGUUAGCUUCACUGCAAGAAGCGUUCCGUUUGUUGAAAAACUGGGGCGGCGAUCCAUGUCUUCCCAAACUUUAUAGCUGGGAUUGGGUCAAAUGCGACGGUGAUAGAGUGACAACACUAAAUCUUUCAAAUAACAGCUUGAGUGCGAAAAUUCCUGAAUUUCUUGGGUUGUUGCCCAACCUCCAAAUAUUGAAUCUCGAACAUAACCGUUUCAGUGGUACCAUUCCAGCCUCAUUAUCAACUAAAAAGGACCUAAUUUUACGGGUGAGCGGAAAUCCACAGCUGUGUACGUCGAAUUCAUCGUGCACGAAUUCGGUGACAAGUACGAAGGCAAACUCUUCCUUCAGGACGAGGAAGAACAUUCUGGAAAUGGUGUUCACCACCAUAGUUUCAUCCCUCAUCGUAUUGCACUUGAGUUAGUAGAAAAAGAGAACAUCAAUUUUAUUUCUGUUAUAUAAUUAAGUACAGUAUUUUGUUUUGUUUUGGAUGAAUGUGGAAAAGCAUGUUUGUCUUGUGCUCAUUCAAAUAAGACCUACUGCUUAAUUGUCUGCAAUUCAGUACAUUUAUUUUUACCACUUUAAAAUAUUUUUGAUUGUUUGA